CAGAUUUGGGUGGAGUGAACUUGUCCAGUCAGUGUUCACUUUUCUUCUUCAGUAAUUAGCUUGGCUUCCAGCAAAGCCAUGCUUCAGCAUCUUUGAGAAGAACACAACAUCACGACCUCAGUACAUCUGUCGUAAAACUACAGCGCGUGUUUCAGCUCCCUGUCAGAGAUGAGCGAGAUCAGUGAAGCGUCCUUACUGGAUUAUAUCCGCUCCUCAGGAGGAAAAGUCAAAAAUUCUGAUCUGUCCAAAACAUAUAAGCAUUUCAUAAACCAUAGCGAUUUGCAACUACGUGCCAAAUACAGAGAAGAGUUCAAGCUCAUCAUUGAUAGAAUUGCAGUGGUGAAAUCGGAGAAUGGGGAGAAAUAUCUCAUCCUCAAGAAGAAAUACAGGCAAGAGCAAGUGUCUGGCACUAAAAAGGGAGGUGAAUCAAUCAAGCCGCUUCAUCCAAACCCACAAAAUGAGCUCCUGGUUUCCAACCCAAUGCAGAACCGUAGCCAAGCAGCUAAGACCCCGCAGCCAGUGAUGGUGGCCUGGUGCUCAGGACCCAUGAUUACAGUCACAGACGCACAAGAGCCCACGGAUAUUGAUGAUCAGACGGAGGGCGCCCUCUCACUGAAAGCUGAGCAUCAGAGCGAGGAGAUCUCAUCAUCAGACAGAGAAGAAGACCUCGACAAAGACUCGGGGUCAAAGAGUGAAUCUGAGCAGGAUGAGGAGUCUGGAGGCAGUUUGGGAUCCACCUCUGUGGCUCUGGAUCCUCUUGAGAAAGAGUGGAUUUUCUCGGCAGCGAGUGGCAAACUGUGCCAUCUCACUCAGCUUCUAAAACAAGACUCCUCCCUGGCCAAUAAAAAGGAUUUUUGCGAGUUUAGUGCGUUACAUUGGGCUGCAAAACAUGGUAAAGAAGACAUGACCACAGCGUUGGUAGAGGCAGGAGCAGACAUCAAUACGAAAGCACAUGGGGGAUACACACCUUUACACAUCGCAGCGCUACAUGGACAUCGGCAUAUAGUGGACCUGCUGGUCAGGACAUAUGGAGCGAAGGAGAACCUGCGGGACUACAGUGGCCGCUUACCAUAUUAUUACCUCAAUUUACGGGACACACACUCAGAAGAGCACGACCUCUCUGAAGUAAGUGAGUGCCACAGUCUGACUCCAGCCGGCGAGCGCAGGAACAGGAAGAUCAGCUCUUUAUUUCAGUCCAUGAAGAGGUGGGGUUCGGCGGAGGAGCUGGCGCCCGUCCCGGAGGAGAGAACUGUCCCGCAUCAACUCAUGCUGCCUGCUUUCAGACCUCGAAAGUUUUCACGGUAGACUCUUGCGAAGUCCAAACAUCCGGGUUGUUUUCUUAGCUGCUUUUAUCUGCGCACAAGAAGUAUAAUGUAGUAGCAUUCACAUUUCAGCUUCGUCAUUUGCAUUUGCAAUGUGUUAUGGCAUUUCAGAGUGUGACUUAAAAGCGCAAUGUCUUAUUUUCUUUACUCUUUUUGUGUUUAAUUCCAAGCCUGAAGGGACAGUUCACCCAAAAAAAAAAAA